AUGUCUGCAACUGCUGACGUACUCCAGUCGAUGUCGACCCCCGUCGAGGACGAUUCUGUAACCGAUGCCUGCAAGCUGGAAUCGACUAAAACAAAAUCCCCGCAUCUGGGCCACCCCCUGAUGGACAACUCAAAGGCAGCUAGCCAAGCCAAGAUGUUUUGGCCCGCCUCAAGUUGUGCUCUUAUUCGCCCCAAGAAGUUCGCUCGAAGCUAUGCGAAUAUGACACGAUAUGCAAGUGCUAGCAGAACGGACCGGCGAGUUGACAGCUCCUGGUGCAUCGAAUUGGGCCCGCCGUAG